GGACCAAAGAGCUAAAAACACUAGAGAAGAUUAAUCUGGAUGGGAGUCAUCGAGAAGUGGUCCUGAAGAGUGAAAACCUUGCAGCUGCCAGUGUCAGUCUUCGUUUUCCAAGACAGUAUCUUCUGGGCUGACAUGGUGUAUGGAGCUGGCUCAAUUCGCCAAGUUUCAAAGAGAGAUUUGACCAGAGUGUCCACAUUAAGAGAUAACCUUGGAGAUACAGUUAGAGAUAUUAUUGUGAUGAGCACUGAUGCUCAGAAUGGCUUAAAUCCAUGCUCUAACAAUAAUGGUGGCUGUGAAGAGAUCUGUCUUUUUGAUGGACGUGAAGUCAAGUGCCAGUGCUACCAUGCUCUUGUUGCUGAAAAUGGGAAAUCCUGCAGAGAAUAUGAGGCCUUCCUGUUGUAUUCAAGUAUCACAAGCUUGACAGUCUUCACAUGUUUGAUGAAGACAAUCCAAACACUCCUUUAAAGAAGAUUACAUCAGAUAUUAUGAAGAAUGCUAUAAGUCUAACAUUUGACUAUGCCAAUCAACGAAUUUUCUACUCAGAUAUUCAGCGAGGCAGUAUCAAUACAGUCUUUUUCAAUGGAAGUGGACAUUCUUUAUUAGUAGAAAAACAAGGAUCAGUAGAAGGGCUGGCUUUUGAAGAAAGAGAACGGGAUCUCUAUUGGACUUGUCAGAGUGAUGCAUCUAUAAACAGAAUGAGUGUUGAUCCAUCGCGCACCCAAACUGUAGAGAAAAUUGUACACCUAGAGCAAAAUGAUAAGCCGAGAGGCAUUGUUGUUGAUAGCUGUGACCUUUUGAUUUUCUGGACUAACUGGAAUUCUGAGGCCCCAUCAAUUCAACGUUCUCUUGUUAGUGGAAUGCGUGUUGAGUCGAUCAUAACCACUCAAAUCCGCAUGCCUAAUGGCCUGGCUAUUGAUCAUAAGGCACAGAAGUUGUAUUGGGCUGAUGCAAGGUUAGACAAGAUUGAAAGAUGCAAUUUGGAUGGAUCAGACAGAUUUAGCCUUUUAAAAAAUGUACCAAGUCAUCCUUUUGAUUUGGCAAUAUAUGGAGACUAUCUAUUUUGGACUGAUUGGGUUCUGCAUGCAGUUGUUCGCGCAAAUAAGUAUACAGCUGAUGAUGUUGUUAAACUCAAGACAGGAGUUACACGGCUUAUGGGCAUUGUAGCAGUUGCAAAUGAUACAAAUAAUUGUAAGUGCACUUGUUUUGUUGAGCAUUCAUGAGUAGUACAAACCAUUCACUGCUCAUAUGCAUGCUAGCCAGUAACAUAUUUUUUAUUGGUAAUAACUUGUAACACAAUUAUAUAAAUAAUGAAUAGUGAUUAUUUUCUAGUGUAAUCAUUUAUCUUUAAAGAGACCUGCUGCCCUUGUAACCAACUAAAACCUCUUAUUAUUUACACGGUAGAUAAAUAAUGGUGGUUAUAAAAACUAUCCAACUACUACUGUGUAGUCAUAGUUACUUUUGGAAGUCCUUUUGAGUCAUAUCUGGCUGUGAAGUUUAUUAUUUUAAUGCUUAUUCAAUGCUCAAAUCCUAUCUUGAACAUUUGAUAUGUUAAUAUUUUAAAAAUUAUUUCUGAUAUAUAACUUUGGUCAUAUUGUAAUCUCUUGCAAAAAUUGCAAAAACAUUAUAUUAAGUUAGAGGACUGUUUUCUGGGAUACGAGAUAGAAUUUUCUAAGUAAAAUGUUGCCACAGUUAGAUAAGUAUUUCAUACAAACCCAUUAACCCUUUCA